CAGUGUAGCACGUCCCAAGCGCGUUCCUGUUUUGAUUCUGUUUUGUCUGUAUUUUGAUUGUUAGUUAACGCUCAACCAACGUCCCAAAAACUAGGUGUGCCGGCUGGACCUACUCUUACUAGAUUGUCUAGUGGUUCUAGAAGCCGAGGAGAAAGCGCUCACAUCACAUUAACGCUCGUCUCGCACGCCGCGAUUAAAGCGUCUUCGAAAUAACAUUGUUUGAAACGGCUGGUGACGUCACGCGUCACAAACCUCAUGCGUUCGUGAUUCCUUCCUCUGCUCUUCUCCAUUUUUGCCACUGAAACGCCGGUCCUUACACAAAGGAGCCACUUUUUAUCGGCACGUAUGCUGUGUUUUCCGCGGGAUUUUCGCAAAAGUUUCUCGCCUGCAAGCCGGGAAUCGGUGCCGGAGUGAUCAGCAUGGGCACAGGAACAAAAGUCAACGGCUCCUGACUGCUUCACAAGGGCAUCAAUAUGGAUAAUCCAAGCCGAAAUGCAGCGUCAAGUCCUGCACGCAACCAUUUUGACGCUGCGGCCCUUUUAGGGGCCUGGUGGUCCUCUGCUGACCAAGGGGGCAUGACCCUAGCCAGCCUGCUGCGCCAGGGUACCUCCACCCCUAGCCUGGCCAGCAGCUCUAAGCUGGACCAUGCCCUGAGGCAGCCCCAACCACAGACCAGCUCCUCAUCACAGUCGCGCAGACGUAUGAAUGGCUCCCAAGCUAUUGGCAAAAUGCUACCUCCAUCAGCCCACAGCAGGUCGUCAAAACAUUUGGAUCUCCUUCAAGACAGCAUUCUUCUGAAUUCUGUGAAGGAGAAGCUUCUUCUGGGUUCCUCUGCCAAAGGUCCUCCUGUGUUGUCGCCCCCAUUCCUGGGGCAGGGUGCUGCGGAGUUGCUUGGGGCCAGCAAGGCGGGGGGAAGUAGCGCUGCCGAAGGGAUGCGGCCGGGCAUAACGCUGCCCCUGGGCAGUCUGGUGCGAGAGCGCAGCGGCCUGCAGGGGCGCCGCAGCCGCAGGGGCCGUCGUGAGUCCGGCCUGGCGUCGGCUGCUGCUGCCAAGCUGACAGACUGUCUCAUGCCGCCACAGCCUUCGUCAUCAUCCCCCUCGCCGUCGGUAGGAGUGGGCUCCCUUUCGAGCUCUCCUAGUCUGUUCCCAAGUCCUGCCCACUCCUCCCAGGCGUCUUCGAGCAGCGGUGGAGUCGGCAGAGGUCACUCCCCCGCGCCUCCCGCUCACUCGGGAGCUGGUAGCAGUGAGACCGCUGGACGAGGGGAUGGUGGUGCCAUGCCCCUGGAUCUGUGUGUCAAACGCAGUGCCUCCAGCGGUGGCACUGCAUACUUGUCCCCAGACGUUACUCUGACCCCUGUCUCUGCCCUGACCCCUGGUCCCCCUCUUCCUCCGCCUCCUCCACCUGCUGCGCAUCAGCGGCACAUUUUGGAAACCUUGCCGGCCAGCCUGGGCCCCAGCAAGGCUGGGCUGCCUCUCGGAACGCCCCUGGGAACGGCGUCGUCAUCGUCUUCGCGGCGGCGGGGCCGAAGGCCACGGAGCUCCCCAUUGCUGUCGGACCACGUGGCAUCUGCGAGGGACUGUAAUCCCAUGGGAUUGCUUCUUGGUGCUUUGGCUGCGCAGAAUGCAAAGCUGUCUUCAAGGCAACAAGAGUCAUUACAGAGGUUCCAGCUGCUCGCAUCCCAAGGUUAUAAGUCAAGAAAUAACAUCUUGUCAAAGUCAGGGUCCGAGGGUGUUCCUUCGGAGCUGUCGGCAGCAUCCUCCGGAGGUCGCCUGGGAUCACUGCCCCCACCACUCGGCGCACCCUCUCAGCCUCUGUCGCGUCCUCCGAGCCGCGAGCUGGUAUCACGUCAUGGGACGAAGCGCAGUUCUCCUGACGGUGAGGCCUCUUCGCACCGCUCCAAGCGACAGGAGGUUGAGCACAAUGCUUCCGUUAGUGUGGAUUCAUCUAGUGACUCGGAGUCUGCCGUAUGUGACUCCCGGUCUAUGAGCGGCACGUCCGACACGGAAGACACCGAGAAAUCUGCUGCGGCCAGCACAUCAAGUAGCAUUCAAGCUUCACUGUCUGAGAGGAUGUCCAAACGUCACACAGACGAGCAUGAAGGCACAACGAAGCGGAGACGGUGUUAUGUGACAAACGAACGGGAAGCCAGAAUACCAUUGAAACGAGGAUGGCAGAGGCAGACUAUAAUUAAUUCUUAUGGCAAGUCUGGUGUAAAAGGGGAGGUCAUCUACAUAGCUCCCUGUGGCAAGAAACUUAGAAGCUACCCCGAAGUGCUCAAGUACUUACAACAGAAUAACAUCACUGACAUCGGAAGAGAGAACUUCAGCUUCAGCUCCAGGAUGGUUGUUGGAACCUUCAUUGAGACCACCAAUGGGGGAGAAGACACCGAUGGCGGUCGGGUCAUCAGCGAAGAAGAAGUGGCCUUGCGGCUGCGCCUCCUGUGCGGGAUACACAGUGCAGUGCCGCCGCCCCUGGUGGCAACUCUACCUCCUUCCUCCUCGGUGGCAGCUGCCAAAGGUGGCUCACCCCUGCUGGGCCUGCCAGGCCUUGCUGGGAGCCCACUGGCCGCUGCCGUGGCUGCUGGUGCCACGAGCUCUGGGGGUUCUCGAAGGGGACGGCCACGCAGCCGCUCUUCCCCGAAUCCCCAGGAGCGUGCCCUGCAGGAGGCGGUCUUGAUGCAGCAGCAGCAUCAAGUUGAAGAAGCGAGGCGGCACCACGAACAAGUCAAGUUGAUCAAGCAGCAAGAACGCUUUGAACGCCUCGAGCAGCAGCGCAUCGAGAAGGAAAUGCGCACUCAGCAGACUAUUGAGAUCCGCCGCAAACGGAGGGAGGAUGUAGAGAGACAGCGCCAAGACGACGCUGUUCGCAGAGUCCAGGAAAGAGAAAUAAAAAGGCAACAAGCUUUAAUUCUACGAGAGCAGGAAAUGCAGAAGCGCCGUGAGAUGCUUCUGAUGGUUGACUUGGAACGGGAGAGGAGGAGACAGCACAUGCUGCUCGUUCGUGCCCUGGAAAACCGCAAGAAGAUGGAGGAUUCAAAGAAACUGGAUAUGCAUAUUUUGAAGGAGGUCAGGAGACCUGUCGAGGACAUGCUUCUGAAGGACGCUCUUCCUUUGCCAACGCUAAAUAGGAUACCUGGACUAAAGGUUCCGGGCACUGCAUUUGCCAAUCUUUUGAUGGUUCGAGAAUUUCUUCACAAUUUUGGUGAAACGCUGCAUUUUGAUGUGGACAAGAUUCCGAGCUUGAACACUCUCCAGCUGGGCCUGAUCAAUCACGACACCAAGUCGGAACAGCAGUUGCUCAAUGUAGUGCAGCACCUACUCACGUGUGCUAUUCACGACCCAGGAACACUGCCCUGCAAAGAGGCUGUUACCGUCCUUGGGCAGCACGUGAAGGAUGCCACAAUCACAAACGACACUGUAACGGAGGCCCUGCACCUGUACUUCAUGGCUCUCGACAAAGAAUGUGCCAUGUAUCAGUGGGUAACUGAAAAACCCUUUCUGGCUUUGAAUCCAACACAGAAAUCUGAAAUCAUGGCCUUUCUAUGCAAUGAGCUUCUAUGUAGCCGAGGAGUAGUCAGGCAAGUGGACGGUAGCAUAGAAACUGUGAUCACGUUAAGGAAAGACAAGUGGCUUGCGGAAGGUGAACUACGCAAGCUUAGGAGUACGCAACAGAGCAGGCAGCGGAAAGCCAUUCUAAAGCAGGAAUUGGAAAACAACGCCGCAGCAGCGAACGGCAGUAGCAGCUCCACUACCACCACCACCAACAGCGUGGCAACUGGCGAGGUGUGUGCAAACCAUGCCAGUGCUGCAAAUGGCUCUGCUGCUACGCCCACCAACAAGGACUCUGAGGAGAACAGUGUCAAGGGUGAGACUGCUAGCGAGGCUGGUGACAAGGCAAGCAAGAGUGGCCGGGACGAGGAAGAGGACAAUGAGGACCCUGCCAAUGACAGCGGCAAUGAAAGUGAUGACCCGCAGGAGGCCGACAAUGCUGAAGAGGAAGAGGACAGCGAGUUGAGUCUCACUAAUGAAGAGCUGGAGAAGAGGAUAGAGAAACUUUCAAAGCAACAGGCACAGUUCCAAAACAAGGUGGCCAAGGCGAGCAGCAGUAUUCGGGCUGUGAUGCUGGGCCAAGACCGCUUUCGACGGCGCUACUGGCUGUUGCCCAUAGCGGGGGGCAUUUUCGUGGAGGCCAUGGAGUCGUGCGAGCAGGACGGCAUGGGCGACUUUGUGGCCUCUGAUUACAUGGCUGACGAGGACGAUAGCAGUAGUGAGGACUGUUCAGUUGCCAAGGAGGGCACUUCUGCUCGAGGGGUCAAGGAGGAGAGGCAAGAUGAAGAGGAGAGCCCUGCUCUGUCAUCUGUGAAGCAGGAGCCCUGCGAUCCGAAAGAGGAGACAGAGGACGACGUUCCCCAGGUGGCCGCUUCAACAACUGGUGAAGUCAAGGACGAAGUUGAAAUGGCUGAAAAGACAGACUCCUCCAACAACACUGAGGAGCCCGAGAAGAAGCAGGAAGAAACCGAGGCACCCUUGAGCACCAACGAGAAAGGUCCGUCCGUUGCUACCAAAGAAGCUUCCUCUGUUGCGUCUGUGCCAACGUCAGCGGCAAACCUCUCUGCAGUGACGACGUCUGCGACCUCUGCCUCGGUGACCAAGGAGAAGAGCCCAUUGCCCGAGCCAACCCUAGAGCAGAGCUGGAUGAUGCAUUCGCCCUUUUUUGCGUCCAUCAUUGCGGGCAACAUGCUGUUCAACAGCAGCACGUUCCCAACGCCUGGUGCCGCCCCAUCUUCGUCGUCGCCAAGCUCGUCACCACAGGUGGGAGCAGCAAGCACGGUGGCCUUGGGAAAGGAUGGUGCCUCUCCGCUUUUCGGGGGCUUCACCACUCCCCUGUCGGCUGAGCAUAUGCUGAAGCACCUGGCCCAGAAGAAGCCGUGGUUUAGCCUCCUGCCACGAGUGCCCUGCGAUGAGGAAUCCCUGGCACGGCUGCCUGGCUCAAAGGACAUGGAUGACGAUGACAUCGAAGAAGAGGCAUCGUCCACCGUAGGCUCCACGAUGGGCAGCAGCCGAGUAGUAAGUGUGAUAGAAACCGAGGACACCACCAACCAGUACGACAAACCACAGCCUGUGCCUCCGGAGUACCUGCGAGGCUGGUGGCGUAUCACCGAUUCUGCCCAGCUUAGAACAUUGAUGGGCGCUUUGCACAGCAACGGAAUUCGUGAGAAGGCUCUUUUGAAACAACUGGAAAAGAACUUCAACUAUGGAACUGUCACCUGCAUACCAAACAGCCAACAAGAUGUUGGCCUCGAGAUCACAGACCUUGACCGGGACGUGUCCGAAAAGCAUGGCGGGGCGCCGCCUCCCGAUUACGAAGACCAAUGGUCCCCUGAUGUUGCCCUGCGGGUGGAUUUAGCCAUGUUGGCCCAGGUGGAGGCACUCGAGCAGAGGCUUUUUGGUGCCUGCAUGGAGGUCAAGCACUGGCGACCCCCACCAAAGGUAUCAGACGACCAAUCAAUACAGUACCGUCCAUCCUGCGUGCUGCUUAACAAGAAGCUGCUGGCGACGUCUGAUGACGAUGAUGAGGAAGAAUCCAGCGCAUCUCAGACAUCUGGUGCAUUGUCACCUGAUGAUGGCAAGGACAAAACAGAGGACGACACUGAGGGUGCCGAUGCUACUGAGGAGGCGAAUGGCAUCGCCAACGACAGCUCAAAGCAGCCCAGCUCUACUCCAGAGGACAACUAUGUGAAUCCCGUCCAAGUGGCAAAAGAACGGCUUCUGGGUGUUGAGGCAGGCAUUGAGAGGCGGUACCUUCGUCCGCCACUGGGGACUAGUGGGAGCAGCCUGCCACAGAUCGCCAAUGCCAGCAGCGGUGGCAGUAGCAGUGGUGGCAACAAAGCUGAAGAGGAGGUGGCCGGCAAAGGUCCAGGCGAGGAGGAUGAGGAGCCAGUGUUGCCCCCAGGGCUGGUGCGGUGGCGUGAGGCUGUGGCCGCAUGCCAGACAGCUGCUCAAUUGGCCAUGUGUUUCAGCCAGCUGGAGGCAUGCAUUGCCUGGGAUCGCUCCUUCAUGAAGGCGAGCUGUCAGUUUUGCCACAGUGGAGACAAUGAGCAAAUGCUCCUGCUCUGCGAUGGAUGUGAUAAGGGCUACCAUACUUACUGCUUCAAGCCCAAGAUGGAUAAAAUUCCAGAUGGUGAUUGGUACUGUUACGAGUGCCUAAACAAGACCCAGGACGAGAAAGUGUGCAUCCUGUGUGGGAAGAAAGGCAAGCUUGUGCGCUGUGAUGCCUGCCCAAAAGUUUUCCACCACACCUGCUUGGAUCCACCUCUAUCCAAACCUCCCAAAGGGAAAUGGUGCUGCUCUGGUUGCUCGAAGGGCCGCAAAAAGGGGCGCCCUUCCAAAGGCCAUCACGACUCAACUAAGGAGUCGAGCAGCCCAAGCAAGAAAGGUGGCUCCUCAUCUGCUUCCCCAUGCCAAACCACGAAAUCGUCCAAGAGUGGCGAGCGCAGGGAGAAGAACAAGGCACAAGUGCUCAAGGAUCUGGCCGCUUGCAGGCAAAUUCUGGAGGAGCUGGAGCAACAUAAAGAUGCUUGGCCAUUCCUUGUUCCCGUCAACACCAAGCAGUUUCCCUCCUAUCGCAAGUUCAUCAAGAAACCCAUGGACGUUAGCACCAUGCGCUCCAAGCUGGAGUCAAACCAGUACAAGUGCAAGGAUGAGUUUGCCUUGGAUGUGCGGCUCAUCUUUGACAACUGUGAGACUUUCAAUGAGGACGACUCUCCUGUGGGCCAGGCAGGUCACAACAUGCGCAACUUCUUCGAGAGCCGCUGGGAGGAGCUCACCUCCUGAACCCUCCGGACCUUCCCACGUCCUUUGCUCCACUGCCACCAGGCACCCAUCCCAGGGCUUUAGACGCACCAUCACCACUCCUCAUGACAUGCUCGCUUUCCUUUAUGCCCCGCACUUUUUUGUUACAUGCAUACACGAAAUAUAUAUAUACAUAGUGCUAUAUUUAUACUCUUUUUUUACUUUAAUACUGUAAGCUAAUUUUUUCAAAACGUGCAAGCGCAGCCGUUGUCUCUCGUAACUUUUUUUUUUCUUGGGCCAAAGCUGACACCGAGCAAGGUUGUGGUUGUUACAGUAUGUCUCUUCACUGUGAGGUGCUUAGCGCAGCGACAGAUGCAUUGGCGACACGAGAGUGGUUUGCUGGUAAUGGAACAUCAAUGCGAGAACGACGUGACUUUGUCGCCUCUCGGCACCUUUGGAGCUGAGGCAGCUUUGUGACAUUGGGGAAAAAAAGAAAGCACUCAAUCAAUGUCAAGAAGGCAGCAGCAAUGGUCACAUGUUUGCCAGGACAUUGGGGAGUGACUCUUGUCAUUCUAUAUUCAUGCUCUGUUAGUUUUUUUUUUUUUUUUGAGCUGUUAUAUUGCGAGAAGGGUUGUCUUUCUGCAUCGUGAAUGAUGUGUAGUGUUUCUUUUUCCAUUGUCUGUCAUUGUAGUGGCCCUCUGUCGUUUCAUGGUAUGUUUAAUGUUUUCAAGUUUUCUGUUUUGUUUUUAAUUGUGAGUUAGAAGGAAGAUGAAACACAUGAAGGAACUGGGGAAAGUGCCUGCAUAAAAAAAAGAUGGUGCAUGUUGCUCACAACUCUUGUGUUUAUAACAAAAGGGGUCUGUAUAAGAAAAAAAAAAGCGCACUAGAAGAAAAAAUAACUAUCACGUGCUAGUGGCUGUCACUGCAGCGCAUGUUUUCUUGCAGUGCUUCCGGAUGUUUCCUGUAUCCCUCCCGUUUGCUGUUGUUCCAUCAUGGAUUACCUCGAUAUGUCCAUUACUAGUACAAUCAUCGCUCCCUCCCCAAAGGUGUUGUGUGCUGCCAGCGAAUCUCGCGUGGCUCGUGACCAUCUCUUUGCUUCAUUUUUUUAGGCUGCUUCUUUUUAUUGACAAUGGCUGUGAAGUUGGUGUUAUGCUCGGGACAUUAGGAAGGGUGCACUCAUUGAUAAACGCCAGUUUGUCUUCGCCUUUCUGUCAGGGUGUCUCGGACUCCUUCACAAAGGGGUAACAGAAAGCCAAUUUCUGGAUGGUACAAUGGCUGCCUCAUGACCUAUUUUGAACGGGAAAAAAGGGAGAGAGAGUGUGAUUUCGCCUUCUGCACCUCGUUGUUGAUGUUAGCUGUUGGUGUGAAAAGUGUUGAUUUUGCGUCUCUGCCAAUUGCACCCACGUCAUUUUUCUUUCAUUCUGUGGUCCUUCGGCUUUUGAAACGAACUAAUAUGGGGGACUUGUAUAGCUGACGGGCACAGGUGUACACGUAAUUUCUCCAUUUUUUUUUCUCAUCUUACUUCACUCGCAUCUCCUUGUUGUCCUAUCUUCAAAUCAUUCUGUUCCCAUCUGAGCUCAGGUCUUUAAUUUGCAACCAGGGUAAAUUGUCCUUUGUAUUCCUCAAAACAUGUGCUAGUGAAUGCAUUUCAUUAACUGUGCCUGUUAUGUUUCAUGCUGUUCAAUGAUGUUGCCCAUCAAAUGAUAUGUUUUCAUUCUGCUUUCCAUUUAAAGAUUUUUUUUAACCUUUUAUCCGCAUACUCACAAUCUUCUGAUUUUAGAACGUACAUAUUGCAUAAUGCUCAAGCAGACACUUGAAUGGCCAUCUUGCGCAGCAUUGUAAAGGUAUUGUUUUUAUUGUUUUGGGGGAAGCGCAGCCGGGUAGAAUCAAGAGUGGUUCUCAUGGCUUGACAGGACGGUGUCUUGUGUAUAGGUUGACUUUCUCGCGUAAUUUAUUUAUUUUCUCACUACCACUACACAACAUUGCAAGGAGCACUGUAGGAGGCAUCUGUAAGUGUGUUGUGGUGACCAUAAUCAUUUGGACGGCCAACCGGUGUGGUGACUGUGUCGUCAAAAAUCCUGUCCACCACGUGUUGUGGCUGCAUAUUUAUAUACUCAUUGAGUUUUUAUGUUGACAGAUUCCCUAUGUAAAUAAAGAUUACACCCUAACUAGGCUGGCUUGGCCACUGAAAGCAUUAACACUAAAUGUGAAGAUGUGACUGGUACAAAAUAACUGAAAUCAAGCAUUUAAAUUAUUACACCAAGACUAUCUUUUGCUUGUCUCCUGUUUUACGCUGUGGUUUGGCGUGACAUUCGCUCACGUGCCAUAAGCUGUUAUAGUGCACUCUGCUAGUGCCGUUGCUUUUGUAUAGGCUUGCUACUGGCAAUUAAUGUUUAUUAAAUAGAAGCUGCUACCUAGUUGGCAGUUUUUGUUGUAGAAUGGCGAUUUUUUUCUUCUUUUUUCUGUAUGACAGUAGAUGUGUAAAAGAAUGUUCGUUUAACACUUCCUCAGGUUGAUGCUACCGCAGGCACGACGCCUUCCUUUCUUUUGUUGCCAUUGGCUUACACUGAAGGGGCACUCGUGCCUUUUCUGUCUGUUCUCAGAUACGGCCACCAAACACUAGCGCAGGUUGUGUACCUUAUGUGUUGUGAAUUCCGCAGGAUUCUGUAUGAUUUGUUGCUCUAUACAUCUCUGUGAACAAAUUUGCGGUCUGGACCCAUAACUCCAUUUCUGCAUUAAAGGUGUUGCAUUUGCCCACACA